AUAAUGUGGUGCAUUUCCGCCGAAAGUAGGCACUUCCGGUCUCCUGGAGCCAAUGAGGGUGAGGCUGCGGGUGUUCCCCUCGCUGGCUUUCGGGCUGCGUGUAGUCUUCGAUCCAGUUGACCCUGAGAAAGGGUUACAAUUUGGAUGUGAAGCCACUGUUUCUAGCCCCAUUUAGAAAAGACUGUUGACUUACAGGUUGGAAUAGUUCCAGGAGCCUACCCUGCGAAACACUCCAGAGUCACAGGAUGCCCUUUGUAAAAACAACAAGGGAGGUGUCAGAUCAACAACUUCAAAAUGUUGACAUGGAAAAUUCAGAGAAGACAGACGUGGUCCUCCUUGCCUGUGGUUCCUUUAAUCCUGUUACCAACAUGCACCUCAGAUUGUUUGAGCUGGCCAAGGAUUACCUGAAUGGAACCGGAAAAUACAGAGUCAUCAAAGGCAUAAUCUCUCCUGUCGGUGAUGCAUAUAAGAAGAAAGGACUCAUCUCUGCCCAUCACCGAGUUAUCAUGGCAGAACUUGCCACCAAGAACUCCGAGUGGGUGGAAGUGGACACCUGGGAAAGUCUUCAGAAGGACUGGGUAGAGACGGCGAAGGUGCUGAGAUACCAUCAAAAAAACCUGGAGGCUGGUAGUUGUCACCAGCAGGACUCAACUGUGCUGGAAAAGCCUGGACGGAAGAGGAAGUGGGCUGAACAAAGUCAACAAUUUAAUCAGAAAAAAUCCCUAGAGCCAAACAUAAAAGAUGUGCCACGGGUAAAGUUGCUGUGUGGGGCAGAUAUAUUGGAGUCCUUCGGCGUCCCCAAUCUGUGGAAGAGUGAGGACAUCACCAAAAUCGUGGGGGACUACGGGCUCGUAUGUGUUACACGGGCCGGAAAUGAUGCUCAGAAGUUCAUCUAUGAAUCCGACGUGCUGUGGAAACACCAGAACAACAUCCACCUGGUGAACGAGUGGAUCACCAAUGACAUCUCGUCCACCAAGAUCCGGCGAGCCCUCAGAAGGGGCCAGAGCAUCCGCUACUUGGUCCCAGAGCUUGUCCGGGAAUACAUUGAAAAGCAUAAUUUGUAUAACUCAGAGAGCGAGGAGAGGAAUGCUGGGGUUAGCCUGGCUCCUUUGCAGAGAAACAUCGCGGACGCUAAGCCAUGAGGAGUUCUCCGGCAUGAAAUUUUGGACUUCCCUUUGGGGAAUUCGCAACAGUCUGGGUGUUGGUAACUGGGGAAAGGCAUUGUGAUCCUGUUUCAUAAACUAAAGCUUCAAAGUUGCGUAAAAAUCA